AUCAAAAAGACUUUCCUGUGUAUUCUGCAGCUCACAUCGCCCGGCACGAUCAGGCUUAAAGGAAAGUCCUGCAUUUUAGACACUCAGUAUUUAAGCAUUGGGAAUGUUAUGAUAACUUAGUAGUCGAGACUAAUAUAAAAUAAAAUUGGCACACGUUUUUUUAAACUUUUAAUAUUUUCAGAAAUACAAAUCAUGGACAAAAGACUGCUUUUCAUCUUCAUCACAGGAGCUCAGUUCAGCAUCGCCUUUGCCCAAACUCGCCAGUAUUACUUUGUAAACGUGUCUCUGGAUUGGACCAGCGCUCAAAGUGCCUGCAGACGUGAUUACACGGACUUGGCCACCAUAGAAACCACAGCUGAUGUUGAUGCUGUUCUCAAUACCAUGUCAAACUACACAGGCAAAGCUUGGAUAGGUCUCUAUGAUGAGCUGUACAACAGCUGGAAAUGGUCACUGGAUGACAGCACUUUCUAUGGCGAUGGAGAGUAUACAUUCAGAAACUGGUUUCCAGGCUCACCCAAUGACCUCAAUGGACCGCAGCUCUGCGUCAGACUUUUCUCGGUGAAUUCUGACUCUCUGAGCAGAUGGGACGACCGUCAGUGUUCGGAUGUGCGGAUGUUCGUGUGCUAUAAUGGAACAGUAAACGGCACACUGUCUUUUGUUUUGAGUAACGUCUCACUGAACUGGACUGAAGCCCAGAUGUUCUGCAGGAAGAAUUAUGUUGAUCUCGCCAGCAUAAGGAAUCAGACAGAAAAUGAUCUAAUCAGCGCCCUAAUAAGCACUGGGGACGUUUGGAUUGGUCUGUAUCGGGACAAACUGUGGUCUGACGGCAGCCUGUCUCUGUUUCGGCACUGGGCCGAGGGUCAACCCAGUUCUGCAUCUGGUGUCCAGUGUGCUGCCACUGAGUUUGGCUCUGGAAGAUGGUACGACGAAGGCUGCAGCCAGAGUUUGCCAUUCGUCUGUUAUAAAAAAAUUCCUCCCAAUGCAAAAGGUUUCAGGGCAUCAGAACAAAAUGAGACCAGCAUCACUCUGCAGUGGAAUAAAAUCAACAACAGCACCAGCUACGUUCUCCACUUUAACGGCACAGAGACAAACAUCACAGCACCAGAUGGAGAUGGACCAGUGAACCAUACAGUCACAUCUCUGACUGCUGGAACUAGAUAUACAUUCACUCUCUUCUCUGUGUUUGAGAACGUCAGAAGCAGUGGAGUCAGCAUUGCUGCAGCAACUGGUAAGGAGUUUUCUCUGAGACGUUUGAUGAUAGAGUUGGAUUUAUUAGCAAAACUGUAA